AUGUCCACAUUCGAACCAGUUGUUGUUAUUGACGGUAAGGGUCAUUUAUUAGGUCGUUUGGCUUCCACUGUUGCUAAGCAAUUGUUGAACGGUCAAAAAAUUGUUGUCGUUAGAGCUGAAGCUUUAAACGUUUCUGGUGAAUUAUUCAGAAACAAAUUAAAGUACCAUGACUAUUUGAGAAAAGCUACUGCCUUCAACAAGACCCGUGGUCCAUUCCAUUUCAGAGCACCAUCUAGAAUUUUCUACAAGACUGUUCGUGGUAUGGUUUCUCACAAGACUGCUCGUGGUAAGGCUGCUUUGGAAAGAUUAAAGGUUUUUGAAGGUGUUCCACCACCAUAUGACAAGAAGAAGAGAGUUGUCGUUCCACAAGCCUUGAGAAUCUUGAGAUUGAAACAAGGUAGAAAGUACACUACUUUAGGUAAGUUGGCUACUACUGUCGGUUGGAAAUACGAAAAUGUUGUUUCUAAAUUGGAAGACAAGAGAAGAGUUAGAGCCGCUGAAUACUAUGCCAAGAAGAAGGCUUACAACAAGAAGGUUGAAGAUGCUAAGGCUGCUACUGCUGAAUCUGAAGUUGCUACCAAAUUGGCUGCCUUGGGUUAUUAA